AUGCAGCUCCUCUAUUCGAAACCAAUCAUGAACGUAAAUUUUAUCAACGGUCCAAUGCUCGUCAACAAUUCACAACUCUUUGCUAAGUACGAACAUGUUGGUUACUCUCUACCAAUGAUGUCUCCACGAAUGCAUUUACCUAUGGACGCCAAACCACGUAAGCGAAGAACAAAUCACAGUCUUGUUGCUACAAUGGAUCCAGUUGCUGUUGCCAGACGUAACGAAAGGGAACGAAAUCGCGUAAAACAAGUGAAUGAUGGGUUUGAUUCUCUGCGUAAAAAGGUCCCGUUUCUACCGGACAAAAAAAAGCUGUCCAAAGUGGAAAUUCUACGUUAUGCUAUGAUGUACAUUCGAGAUUUGAAAAGCAUAGUGGAAGAAUACGACCAGAAUAAUGUUAAUAAAAGAAAAAAUUCCGAGUCUUCAAAUUUAAGUGAAGAGGGCUCGAUUGAAGAUCGAAAUGAGUUACCUUCCUCAAGUUGA